AUGGUGGAACUCACGAAUGAGGGAUCGUCUGCUGGAAUUAAUACGGGAUCGUCUACUGGAAUUGAUACAAACAGUCACCUCUACAUUCAUCCAUCUGAUAGUCCUGGUGUGGUACUUGUACCUGUCCCUUUCAAUGGAACUGGUUUUCAUUCCUGGCGAAGAAGUGUCCUCAGAUCUCUGUCCGUGAAAAACAAAUUGAUUUUCAUCAAUGGUGAAUGCAAACGCCCACCUAAAAUUGAUCCAACUUAUCGCCAAUGGGUGAGAUGCGACGAUAUGGUCACGUCGUGGAUUCUUAAUUCACUGGGUAGAGAAGUUGCGGAUAGUGUCGAAUAUGUGGGUGAUGCUUUGGAAUUAUGGACAGAGCUAGAAAAUCGCUACGAUCAGACGAAUGGAGCACAACUGUACCAAACUCAGAAAGAGAUCAACGAUCUUAGUCAAGGUAUUCUCGAUAUCACCACAUACUACACUAGAAUGAAGAAACUCUGGGAAGAACUUAAUAGUUUAUGCAUUACCAGUCAGUGCAAUUGUGUUUGUAUUUGUGGAGCUAAAACUAAUCUUCUAAAGGCAGAGCAGGAUAGGCGCCUAAUUCAGUUUCUUAUGGGGUUAAAUGAAGUCUAUACCAUAAUCAGGGGUAGUAUUUUAAUGAUGAAUCCAUUGCCAUCUAUGGCACAAGCCUUUGCAUUGUUGGUUCAAGAAGAAAAACAAAGAGAGUUCAAGCCAAAUAAUCAAUUGUUUGUUGAAGGAAGUUCAUUACUUGCUGGGUCCUCAAGUUCCUCAAAUUCAUCAGGAGGAAGGAAUUUUACAACAAACUACUUUUCUUCCAACAUCACCAGCAAUGCACCUAGGGGUAGACCUUACUGUGAUUACUGCAGAAGGCCAGGUCAUACCAGGGUUAAGUGUUACAAGUUACAUGGAUAUCCUCCUGGUCUGACUACUAACAAUCCCAGACCUACUAAUCAUGAUCCACAACACCAAAACCAAAGAUACAACAACCAGAACUCAAGUCAUAGGAACAACAAGGGUAAAGGUAUAGCAGCUAAUUCUGUUAGUUUGUCUUGUGAUAUCCCUGGAAAUCAGGAUGGAUCCUCAGAGUCUCAUUCCAAUGACCAAGGAAACAACAACAUCAACCUUACGAGAGAGCAGUAUGAAUAA